CGGGAAGCUCCAGUCAACGAAUACCGCACCGCCCGCGUGGCCGAAUUGCUUUCCGACUUUCGCACUCUUCAGUAUUACAUUGCUGCUGCCCCGGUCAACCCUACCGACAUGGAUGACUACUACACGGAGGGAUGGGCAGCACUUCGCCAGUGCGCUCUUGAUGGCCAGCACAUUCUCAACUGCGCUGCCGACAUCACAGUCCCCCGCGCGAGUGGUGGUGCGGACGAGCAGGCCAAGGCCGAGCUUAAGCAAGUCCUCCUUGACGCCUACGCUCGCCGUCACGAAGGCCAAAAGAUCUAUCUCCGUCAGGCUGCUGUGCAGCGCUGGAUCGAAUGGCGGGAUCAGAUUCUUAUGGGUGGCAGGCCUCACUCUGGCAACCAGAGCCAACUCAGGGCCUGCGACCAACAACUGCGUGCUGAGCUCGCAAACAUCACCGACGAAGCCAUCUACUCGGAGCUUCAGGUCUCCGACAUGACCAUGGGCCGCUGGGUAGACGAAGACCCAAGCCUCCGCGCUGUGCAGCGGUGGGUUCGGACUCGGAGAGCUUAA